UUGAGUAUCAAAAGACUACCAUUUGUUCGGACUGCCCAAGAGGCUCUGAAGCCCAAUCUGUAACGGCUAGAAUUCGAAUAAAAAGAAAAAUGGAAGAAGGUGCUAUCAACACGCCUGAUACUGGAAGACAAAAGGCAAAGGUGGAUUCCCCCGGCAGCUCUAGUCUUAGCUCUAUAAUAUCGUAUUAUGAUGUUAAUGCAAUCCAACAAGAAGGAAGAUCUACCGUUCCAUCGUUGGAAUCUCAGGCAGCGGCUCUUGCUGAAGAUACCUCGACUACCUUAAAUGCUGGCUCGUCCCAAGGAGAAUCCGUGCGGAUACAUAUACCGGAGCCAAGCCCAAAAAAAAUUUCAGGGAAAAGGACAUUAGAUGUUGAAUGUAGUAGUGGCCCGUGUCGUCCCCUCCUUUACGCUGCCAUAAAAGGUGAUUGGCCGGCUGCUAAGGCCUUUCUUGAGAAAUACCCACACUAUGUUCGAGCUCCCAUAUCGAAAGAGCAAGCGACAGCAGUUCACAUUGCGGCGGCUGCACAACACACCACUUUUAUUACAAAAUUGUUGAAAUUGAUCGUGAGUACUCCGGAGGACUUGGAAUUGAAAACAACAUAUGGAUUUACGGUCCUUCACUCUGCUGCUCAAUCAGGAAACCUCAGAAUUGCAGAGCAGGUGGUGGAAAUGAACAAUAAACUGCUAUCGAUCCAGGAUGUCAAUGAAGACACACCACUCAUUGUUGCAGCUUAUCUAGGACAUACGAACAUGGUCUCGUAUCUAUUCGCUCUGACUGGUCUUGAACAUUUGACUAAUGCAAAACGCAUUGAGCUCCUUGAGUAUACUAUUUACAACGAUAUGUUUGAUGUAGCAUUGAAAAUUUUGGAUAUGGAUCCAAACAUAGCAACUGCCGGCACUGAAUGCUGGUUGGGAUCGUUGAAAAUGCUGGCGAGGAAACCUUUUGCAAUUGGCAGCGAAAGUCAGCUAUCAAUAUUCCGGAAAAGUCUCUUAAAGUACUCUUGGUUCAAAGGGAUCUAUAACAAAGCUUUGAUGAAGACAUUAUCCCAUCAAUUAGUUGAAGAACUUUGGAAAAGGGUUGGAAUUCCAGACAAACAGUUCUCAUCAAACUUGGUUAACAAUAAUAUCGAUUUAAUAUUUGAAGCUGCAAAAGUUGGAAAUGUGGAAUUCUUAAUUAUACUUGCACGCUCUUAUCCUGACCUUAUAUGGCAACAAGAUAAAAAUAAAAUGAGUAUCUUUCACAUUGCUAUUUUAUAUCGGCACGAGAGUGUAUUCAAUCUAAUAUUUGAGAUAGGUGCUGACAAGGAUAGUCUUGCAUCCUAUACUACUUUAAAAACCAAAGAGAACAUGUUGCAUUUAGCUGGAAAAUUGGCUCCUUCAGAUCGACUAAAUAUCGUAUCAGGGGCAGCCCUUCAAAUGCAACGGGAGUUGUUGUGGUUUAAGGAGAUACAAAAGAUUGUGCCGCAAUCAUAUGUGAGCAGAAGGAAUUCCAAAGGGCAAACACCUAAGGAGAUAUUUAUAAAGACACAUGCACAUUUGCAGAAAGAUGGCGAAAAGUGGAUGAAGGACACAGCAAACAAUUGCAUGAUCGUGGCAACAUUGAUUGCCACUGUGAUUUUUGCUGCAGCAUUCAGUGUACCAGGUGGCAGCAAUCAAGAAACAGGCACUCCUAUCUUUUAUAGAAGAAACUGGUUUAUGGUAUUCUUCAUAUCAGAUUCAAUAGCAUUGUGUUCCUCUUCGACUUCAAUAGUUAUUUUUUUGUCAAUUCUCACAUCACGUUACAUAGAAGAAGAUUUCUUCAAGUCAUUACCUUCGAAGUUGGUGUUUGGACUUAUAACACUCUUUAUCUCCAUGGUGGGCAUGAUGGUAGCCUUCACCGCAACUUCCUUUUUGGUGUUUAGUAGUGCAGGGGCAUGGGUUCCUUUUUUUGUCAUCACUUUGGUUAGUAUCCCAGUUGCUUUGUUUGUUUGGCUACAUCUUACACUUUGGGUUGAUACAUUCCUCUCAACAUACAAGUCUAGAUUUAUUUUUCGGCCACAUAAACAUAGACUUUUCUAGCUGAAGAUGCCGAUUGGGGAAUUGAUAAGUAGAAAAUAUGAAAUGCAAGUCAAAAGAAAAGCAAGGAAAGCUGUUGGAGGUUAAGGGAUCGAUGUUGGAAGAAGAAGGCCGAGGAAAGAAUUUAGCAAAUAAAGACUUUGCAUAUUGAUGCUCUUCUAACUAUUUCCACCAAGAUUUACUGUGGUUUAUACAUAUUCGCAUUGUUUUUUGCUUUGUGAAUCCACAACUGCGUUGAUUGUAGUCAAAUUGUCAAUUAGUAUAGGCUUCGAUUUAGCAGGUGAUUCACUCGUACAGUCGUACCCAAAGUGUUGUUGUAAGAUCCUUGGAGAGGAUUCUUGUGUUUCAUUAAAUGCAUGUUAUGAAUUGAUUGGUUGACAUCAAAGU